CGAUCGGAGUGAUUGUUCGCCCGCUAUUUGCUGGUUACCUACGUAUACAAGGCGGAGCAAGCGUUAUAUUACAAUGGAAUCCGAAAGAUUGAAGCAGCUAGAACAGGCCGAAGAAGAAUUACGCCGACGGCGUGAACGCGGCAAGAUUGCACAGCGCGCAUUCCGGAAGCGCCAGAGUAACAAGUCACGAGAUAAGCGUAACGAGACCCAGAGGUUAAAAGAGGCCAUCUCAAAAAUUGUCCGGGUAGUCCGACAUGACGAUCGCCCGGAGCUGGUCAAAGCGAUCCAGGAAGCUGCUGGAGUGACCGGCUUAGACGAACAUAUUGUCGCCGAGCUUAUCGAUGAAGGAGGUAAUCAAACAAUGCGCAUUACGGGGUCGUCACAACCAUCACCUAGCUCGAGGGAUCUUUCAUCCGCAAACCUUGUGCCGUCGACCGGGUCGGGUACUAAUACACAAGGAAUACCUUCCAGUAUUGGUGCUCGAUCGGGUUGGAUCUUGAAGUCUCAGGACUCGACUCCGCUCGGAAGAGGAACUGACAUAGGAUGGAUGAGUACAAGAUUGGACUAUGGGUUAUGGUUUGACACAUCUCGAUUCAUACGGGUAGACAAACCCCCUUCGGACAUCAUUCCAUAUCUCGGAAAAGGGAUGAGCACCUUCGCCGGUCGGCUAUUUUGGGCUUGCGGCGAGCUUCUACUGGAACAGUGCCGGAGGGCCGAGCUAUACGCGCAUACAAAUCCCCGAGUAGCAAGGGAAGCGAGGGAAGUAAUCUGGAACAUGGUUCAGCACUCACCGCCUUUACACAAUGUACGAUAUAUCAUAGCACUGGCGGAGGCACGUCGCGAAUUCCGCGACCGUGGUUAUAUCGAAGGGAAUAAUCCCGCUGGUGAAAUCGAUUCGGCAUUUAUUCUGCAGGAACAAGUCAUGAACGACUAUAAAUCAAAGGGCCAGGACACCACUGGGUGGUUAUCUCCGAUGGCCGUCGAGCUAGAGCUUCGCAGAUGCCUAAGCCUCGAAUCAUCCAGGCAACUCGAUCGGGUGCUACAAAUCUGGGAUUCGAAUCAAGUAGAGCGCCCUCUACUAGAUAUGAUACAAUCCCUUAUUUGGAAAUUGGCGGCAAGUUAUAUUUGUUUUGGGGAUGGACCUCGCUGGCGUGUCGACCGUGUCUUGGCCUUGUUCAGUGGAAGUGUCCAGAAUGCACAUGCAUGAAAAGAUUCUAACCUAAGAAUUCCAUUCUUGAGUACCAAUAAGUCAGCGAUGCUACGGAAGUUGUCCGAGACAUACCCGACAACUUCCGACAAUUCAGCGUGGGAAUCUAGAGUACGAAUCUAGAGUGCGAAGAUGAGCUAUAGAAGAA